AUGUACAAGAAUCGGAAUAGUGUGUAUGAAGGCCAUAUAAACAUGUAUCCUCCUCAGCAACAACAGAUGAAUAGAAACCCAACAACUGGUACAACGGAUAUUAAGAGCGAGUCGAAUAAUUUCUUACCGUAUGCUGUAGAGGAUUUUGAAACAAGAGAUUCUGUGUCUUCUGUUUACGUUUCUCCGACGUCAGCAUCUAUGGUUCAUAGUGUACCGGGCCAUGAGCUGCAAAAUUUACAAGAGACACCACCAGUUCCUGCAGAAGCCCAGUUUCCGUCUUUUACGUCUCCUCCAAAGAGCUUCGAGUUUACUACUCACGCUUCACCCAAUAUGUCUCAUAGUAAGGAGGACGAGAAUGACAGACCGCUUUCAGAGUUUAGCGAGGAGGCUUUGAAGUUUUAUAAAGUUUACCAGACCACGAUCAACGAUGCGCUGAGCUUCACACCUGAAAUACAACUUGCUUGGUGUGAGAUUUUGCUAGAGUAUGCAUUUAAACCUAACUUCUUGAGCCGGUAUAGUAUAAAUGCUAAGAAACUAAAGAGAGAGCUUACACCGCAAGAACGAGAAAAGAACAAGGCCACGCUAUUGGAACAUGCAUUAAAAGUGCUUACAAAGCUUCUGAAAAUGAAGUAUCCUCCAGCUAUAUAUUUAAUGGGUACUCUCUAUUCUCAGCAGCCUUACUUGGAUAUCGAUCAGGAAGCCAUCGUUCCCAAAAACGAUGUGAAGGCCCUAGAAUACUAUAGAUUGGCGGCAAAGUUAGGUAACGCCGACGGAUGCUACAGAGCAGGUGUUUCUUAUGAGUAUGGGCGUGGGGUUCCUGCUGGUAUAAGUCGCAGAGAUUGUCUACUCAAGGCUGUGCAGUACUAUGAAACUGGGGUCCCUCUAUCUCGAGAACAGACUGGAAGCACCUGCAGUAUGUACAAAUUGGGCAUAUUUCAACUAAACGGUUUAAUAGAUGAGGAAACUGGAACUGUGAUCGUUGGGCAGGAUGUAGUAUCCGCAGUGCAGUGGUUCGAAAAGGCAACAGAAAACGAAAACAUAGCCUCCCCACAAGCCUUGUUCGAAUUGGCUAAAAUUUACGAGUAUGAUACAUUGCCACCUCAUAUACAACAGAAUUUAAAAUCCAGCCAUAUCCCCCAGGAUCCUGUAAUGGCACUUGAGCUAUAUAUCAAAUGCGCGUGCAAGUGUAACUAUCCGUUGGCGCAAUGGAAGCUAGGGCACUGUUACGAGUUUGGGGAACUUAAUUUACCGUUUAGUCCGGCGAAAUCCUUGGCUUGGUAUCGUCUGGCUGCUACAGCAAAGCCAAGAGGUAAUGCUAUGGCGAUGAUGUCCUUAAGUGGUUGGUAUCUGACAGGGUAUCCUGGGAUUUUGUUACCCAGCGAUGCUGAAGCCUUUGCGUGGGCUGCAAGGGCCGCUCAGGCCGCAUCUGGAAGACUAGCGAAGGCAGAAUACGGAUUGGGGAUUUUUUACGAGCAUGGUAUCGGUUGUGAUAGGGACCUAAAUAAGGCCCUUAAUCACUUUAACCGAGCUGCGCGUCUGGGUCACCGGCGGGCUAUAGAACGACUAACUAUCGAACAACAAUAG